GUCAAUACUGCCGGAAAUCACAAUAGAGAGUCAGGAAGACCGGAAAGAGGCAAAAUCAGCAUUGUAUCAAUUGGUUGAAGCCCUAUUUGCAAGGUUGUUUGCGGGUCGCAGGAUGGCCGCAGUUGUCGUGUUUGUUUUGGUGGCUGGUGUGGCUCUGUGCACGACGCGAGGCCGUCUAUGGUUCGACAGACACAACAACAACAACUCACCUACUGCAAUAUUUGGUAAGAACUUGCCUACCCGCAUUGAAAGCAUGGAUUCUCGAUGUCUCGUGUCUGGCACAACAAUGAGAUGCUCAGCACAAUCUACACCACAUGAAGCAAUUGGCUCGCUAAUGUGGAGUUGUUGCCCCUUCUGACAUUAAGGCAGACUGGUUGAGGUGACUGAUGAGAAGAUGCUGCAU